UCAAUGAGAGCCCUGUGAGAGGAAUGUGCACAAAGGACAGCAUCCAGGACAAUGAAACAAAAAUCAAAUCAGCAAGGUUGCCAGGUCAGUGAAGGACGGAGUUUGUUGAAGCGUGUGGCUACAUGGCAAGAUGUACACAGGUAUUGUACUGAUUUGGCAAGAUCAAUGUCUUUGUCUAAUAAUGAGCAGUUUGAAAUUACAGGUGUAUCUGUAUGGCUGGAUGAUGAGGUAAGGCAAGAUCCUGAUGAUUGUAAAGAGGAGACGGAGCAAUUGUUAUUGGGAAGUAGUGAUCACAGUAAUGGAGAAGGCAAUGAAGGAAGUAGUGGUUCUAGAGAAGUUCCUGGUUCUUGUAGCAGUUUGCCAAGUACAUGUAGUGAUCUGCCAAAUAAGAAGAAGGAAGGUCAGAAACCUAGUUUCAAUGAAAUGAGUUGUAAUAAAGUUGAUAAUGGUAGUGAUGUUGAAAUCAAGGAAGUGAGACAAGGUCAAGGUUUUAAGUUUGUUCCUCUGACAUAUGCUAGCAAGAAUGGACUGUGCAGAAAGCAUGGAAUAGGCCAAAUAUCUCUGGAUUGUAAUGAGGUGUCAGAUAAAUGUGAAGAGAUGGGAAAACCUGAUUUAGUGAAGAAAAUUAAAGGUGAUGGAAACUGCUUUUUCCGGGCGAUAUCAUUUGCUGUGUCAGGAACUGAAGAAAAUCAUGUGCAGUUAAGAAUGGCUACUGUCAAUCACUUGUUAAAAAAUGGAGAUAAAUUCAAUGGUUUUCUGCGACAAGGGUUUGUUAAUGUGGAAGAAUAUGUCAUAAGGCAAAGAAUGUUUGACUCUGGAGUGUGGUCUACAGAGGUUGAAAUCAUGGCGAUGGCACAAAAUGUUGGGUACAGACAUAUAUACUUUUGAAGAUGUGAAUAAGUGGUAUGUUUUCUCUGCAAGCACCUUUGAGAGAGAGGCUGUAACAUUACAUGAGGCAAUUUAUUUGUACCAUAGGCAUAGAAUUCAUUAUGAUGUUGUGUUGUCAGUUCAUGAAUCAACUCAAUCAAGAAGGCAAUCUGAUAAUAGACAACAAAAAGCAACAACUAAUAAAAAAAGCAGAGUGUGGAAAAGACCGUACCUCCAGUAAAUCAGAAAAGAAUUUGAAGUGUAAAAGGCGUAAGCGAGGAAAUAGAAAAUUACAACAAAAAAGGAAAAGAGAGAAAGCUAAGGAAAGGUAUGCAGACAAGGUGAAAGGUGAAAAGAAUAGGAGUGAUGAGCAAAAGCAAAGUAAAAAGAUGUAUAACAAGAAGAACUACCAAAAGAAUGCAGACAAGAAGAAGGAAUUGCUUCAAAUAAAGUACAAUAGUGAUAUGGACUUUAAAACAGAGCGAUUAAAGGCUGAAAAAAGAAAUUAUAACGAUGAAACGCAUAAAAAAAGUAUUUUAAAGCAUAAAAAAAAGAAAUAUUGUAACAAUCAAGAAUGCAAAGAAAAGAAAAAAAAACAGUGGGAAAAGAAAUGACCAUGAU